AUGCGAGAGACCUCUUCGAGAUCACCUUCCAUCGUUUCCAUCCCCGAUUCGGAUGGUAGUGAUUAUACGCCCAUAGCAGACAGUCCAGCCAAGCGAACUUCGCUCAAACGGAAGAGGACGUCUGUUGCUACUACUUCCAUCUCGACGGCUAAAAAAGCCAAUGGCAAGGACAAGGUAAAAAGCGAAGUGAUAGAUAUCGAAGAUUCUGCUGGACCAAGUGUAUCAAGAGAUCAUGGAUCGGAAUACCAUUCUGUUGAUGAGAUCGUCAAAUCUCAAAAAGAUUUAUUAGAUUGGUUUGAAAGUUGCAGAGAAACGAGGGGUAUGCCAUGGAGGAAGAGAUAUGAUUCUGAAUUGAUCAUGGAGGAGAAGGGUCAGAGGGCAUAUGAAAUUUGGGUCUCCGAAGUGAUGUUACAGCAAACCCAGGUUGCUACGGUGAUAGCAUAUUGGAAACGGUGGAUAGAGAAAUGGCCUACUAUAGCUGAUCUAGCCAAAGCUGAUGUCGAGGAAGUGAAUGCUAUGUGGCGUGGACUUGGAUAUUAUCGUCGUGCUCGUUCAUUACUGGCUGGAGCCAAGACUGUAAUGUCCAAAUCGAAAUAUCAAGGAAGAUUGCCCGAUGAUCCGGCGGUAUUGGAGAAAGAAAUUGAUGGUGUAGGGAGGUACACUGCUGGAGCAAUUUGUUCGAUGGCGUAUGGGGUACGAACACCGAUUGUUGAUGGUAACAUACAUCGACUAUUAUCUCGAUUACUUGCUGCUCACGCACCGCAGACAAGUCCCAGUACAGUCAAGUUCCUUUGGACUUCGGCAGAAAGAUUGGUAAAUCAUCUGCCGGAGGACAAAGGGAUCGCGGGAGAUUGGAAUCAAGCUUUGAUGGAGUUGGGGAGCCAAGUUUGUAAACCUGUUUCACCGGAUUGCGGGUCGUGUCCUCUCAGAAAAGGAUGUAAAGCUUAUUCCGAGCUGUCGAGACCCCCUCCUUUACCCCAGGAAAUGAUUUGUACCCUCUGCGCUUCCAUCCCCUCAAGUUCGGACACGGAUAAGAUAUCAAGCGUAACGAUCUUCCCUAUGCGCAAGGAGAAAAAGACAUCGAGGUCUGAAGAAGAAUCUGUCUUAGUUCUAGAAUGGAGAGGUGAGAGUGAUGAUGAUAGGAAAUGGUUAUUUGUCAAACGACCUGAGAAAGGCCUACUAGCCGGAUUGUUCGAACCUCCCACCUCGCCCGUUCCUACCUCAUCCUCACCGUCCAAAUGCCUCGCAGCUUCCUUGAACUCUUUGCAGGAUUACCUGGAGUCUUCAGCAGAGGUGGGAACACAUCGAUACGUAUCGUCGAUACCUCAUAUAUUCUCACACAUCAAUAUGACAUAUCACAUUCAUCAUUCCGUCAUAACUUCGCCUGCCCCUCCUCCUAUUCUCGCAUCAGCACCAAGAUCAACAGUAUGGUUAGAUAAGGUUGAGGUGGACCACGCGAACGUCGGCACGGGAGUCAAGAAAGUCUGGGCCGAGGUGUACGGCUCGUGGGGUUCUUUCGAUCUUGACAAUGCCCCAAAGGGGAAGAAAAUAAAGAAAGGUAAUUCAAGUGCAACGAAGAAGAAACCGCUCGAAGAAGUAGUGAAAAAUGGAAAGAUCGUUAAGAAAAUUAUGAUGCCUGCUAUGCCUACUAGAAAGGUCAAGGAUGUGGUCUGA